AUGCCCUUUCGUCGCCCUCUCUCUCGCCCCUCUCUUCCCGUCGCGCUCUCUCUAUCCGCGCUCUCUCUAUCCGCGCUCUUCCCGUCCCCUCCCUUCCCAUCGCGCUCUCUCUCCCCCCUCCCUUCCCAUCGCGCUCUCUCUCUCCGCUCCCUUCCCGUCGCCCUCUCUCCCGUCGCCCUCUCUCUCCCCCCUCCCCUCCCAUCGCGCUCUCUCUCCCCCCUCCCUUCCCAUCGCGCUCUCUCUCUCCGCUCCCUUCCCGUCGCCCUCUCUCCCGUCGCCCUCUCUCUCCCCCCUCCCCUCCCAUCGCGCUCUCUCUCUCUCUCCGCUCCCUUCCCGUCGCCCUCUCUCCCGUCGCCCUCUCUCCCAUCGCCCUUGCUCUCUCCUUCGCUCUGUCCCGUCGCCCUCUCUCCCGUCGCCCUCUCUCCCAUCGCCCUCUCUCCCAUCGCCCUCGCUCUCUCUUUUGCUCUGUCCCGUCUCCCCCGUCGCCCUCUCUCCCGUCGCCCUCUAUCUCUCACGUCGCCCUCGCUCUGUCCCGUCCCCCACGCUCUCUCCCGUCGCCCGUGCUCUCUCCCGUCGCCUCGCGAAAUUUUCUGUCGUCUCGUAAUUUUACUCACGCAUCUCUUUUCCCGCGUCCUCGUUUCUGCUGCACUAAGUGUCUCUUCUCUCGUGCCCUGA